UGACGCCCGCGCGUUUCCGCGUGUGGCCGCCGGGCGGAGGAAGCGCUGUGCCGGGCCGGGCCGGGCCGGGCCGGUGAGGGAGCGGAGCGGAGCGGAGCAGCGCGGGACGCGGGGACGGCCCCGCCACAGCCCGAGGAACGAACAGCAGCAGGCUGAAUGAGAGGAGCUGCCUGGGAGCGUCACAUUUGUCAGACCACCUGUUUGAUUCAGGGUUUACAGCAGAGUUACUUUGAAGCUGUUUUUCAUAGCUGUCAUAAUUGUAAGUUGACUUAAUAAAGGCACCUGUCGAUGAAGCGAGGCCCGCUCACGCUCAGCUCUGCUACGUGAGCCCUGCCAGCUCCCGCUUCCAUCCGAGGUAAGCAAUCCAGGGCUAAUUAAUAGUUUAUGAAGAAGUCAGUAUCUCGUCCUUCUGGCAGUGCCGCAGCCCACAUUGACAGUAAAGGUGUCUGCUGCCUGCUCAGUGCCUGGGAGAUGAGGUGGGUGCGCGUUAGAGAGGAGCAAGACAAACAAGCAGGUGGUGUCGGAACUCACAGUAAAUCUAUACCAUGUCUAAACCUCAUCUCGCAAACAGUGCCCUUCCUAAAGCCACAGCUCUGCCUGCAGCCUUCGUAAACCCAGACGUGGUAGGAAGAUGAUCUUGGGUUUACUGCUGAAAACAACGUGUUACCUAUUUUGUAACCUUGUCUGCGUGGAAAAUUAGGAGACGGCCACUUGCUGUUGUUGAGAGCUGUGAGCCUGAUGGGAAAGUGCUCAGGCAGCACGGAGGCUGCUCAGCAUUGCCUGCCCCUCUGGCUCCAGGAGAACACGCUCUGGGUUGUGUUACUCGGAACUGGGCUGUGGACGGAUCGUGCAUUCGGGGCGUGAGGGCAAAGGAGAGGUCCGAUCCGAAGCAUAUUUCUAGCUGGAGGAGGAAAAGAAGGGAAUAGAGAAAGGAGGAGAGCAUUUUGGAUUCUCAGAUGUUCCAACAAAGCAUUUUUAGGAAUGGUGUAAGAUCGUAAAUGACGCAGUGAUUCAGUUGUAGGGAGGUUGACGUGGGGUGGAUUGUUUGUACUGGGAUUCAAUAAACUUGUAAGUGCUGACAUGCAGAACUUGGCUGUGAAGCCUUUUUUUAAUGGCUCUGUGUCUUUAAAGGAAGAAAGCCUCUGCUCCGAGUGCAGCAUGUGAUUUCUUCCUAUUGAUUCAGGGUGACCUCCUUCGUCCCCAAGUCCAAAACUGAUGCAACUGGCAAUUGAAACUACUUGAAGGGGAAGAAAAAGAACAGCCUGUUUGCUAGUGCCUUGGCUUUGCAGCUCUGUAUGAACCUCUCCAGAAAGAAUGCAGAACCCUGCAUUUCACCCCCAAGAGCCCCACAUUGCUCCCUCCAGUGAAAGCUGCUGAGCUCUGACUGUUGAGAGCCUUGUUUUCAGACCCAGUGUAGACGAAGGGUUAGCGGGAUGCCAAAGGUAACUGCGGCGCUGGUACCUGGCUCGAGCCCUGUGGGUGACAGGAGCUAAUUGCUGUGUGUGUGGGGAUGGUGGAAAUGCAGAAGUGGCACAGAAAGCUCCUGGCGAGCCAGGCAGCGGUGUGGCAUUUCAGGAGGAAGAUACGUUUCGUUCCAGUCCUUUCCGAAAGAUCCAGGUGCCCAAGGUACGGCGCUUUUCAUUAGGAACAGCGAAUACUUGAAUUCCUGAAAGUGGUCCACAGGGUGGAGUGGCAGAAGCGCUGUAACUUGCUCCAUUUUGGUGGAUGAUUGAGGUCAGAUGGCAUUUCCUUGAGCAACAGAGAUCUGUGUAAAAUUUCUCUGACGUGUUAGGAUUUAUGUGGCACGUGUUGAUAGCUCGCUGCAGCUCCGGCUCGUCAGCCUUACCAUUCAUGGCAGCGUGCACAGCUCCUUGUGUGGGGCUUGGUGUUUUGGUUUGUUCUAAUCUCAGGCAUCUGCAAUAGAAGUCUUUAACCUAAAUGCUGCUGCAGCCUCUGUUUUGGGAAGCAGCGUUUAACGGGCAGGUCCGGAGCAGCUGUGGAAAUUACAAACCUUCACUUCCCUGUUCUUUUCAACAUUUUCAAUAAGGGUGGCACUGAGAAAGGGCUGUGCAUCCAGAUCCCGACACCACGCCGCUUCCAGCCCGUUGUCCCAUUUAACUUCAGGUCGUGCAGCUGACAGAACUGUGUCUUCUGAUUUCUGGUCUCCGCGAUAGAUUGUUCUGUGCACUGAGUCGAGGAAGGAAAAAAUGGUGGUAGUGCAGAAACAAGAAGAUUUUGGGAAGGGCAAUGAGGGACGUAAAGCUGUCUGUAAUGUUUAAAAUGUGGUGCUCUCCUCCUUGGUUUGUAGAAGUGUGCUGAUAUCUGCCUAAGGCAUUUCUUCUGGGAAAGACAGGGAAAGAAGAGGGCCUGUACAGCUACUGGGUCUGUAUGAAUAAAUGAGAAAGCUUGUCUUUAGAAAUAUUGCUGUGGUGAAACUGAUUCCUUUGAUAAACAGAUCCCUGCAAGGAUUUUUAGGUUAUUUUAGAAACUCAUGACUUUUUUUCAAAGAUAAAGAAGGUGUUGGAGGAGGGAACCUUAAUCCUUGCAUGGAUGAGAUGGAAUACUUAAUUUGUUCCUCCCUCAGAGCAAAUCAUAUGUUUCACGUUACUUGAAAUAUCUUGUUUAGGUUAACAGGAAGCCUUAAACAUGAUGAGUCUUCUAAAACAAUUGAUCAUCUUGCUGUCGUUUCCCAUUGUGGAAAACUGCUCCUGGCAGUCAUGCAUCUCCCUGGGUGUGCUUUGCUGGAGGGCCCAGAGCAGAGCAGAGAGCUCUUCCUGAGAUGCUGAGUGCCAGAACUUCCAGAGGUCAGUAACCUUGGCUGGGCAGAAAUGCAAAACCAAAGGGAUCCACGUUCUUCAAACAUAGGAACGUUAAGUCUCAUGGUGAACCUUGAGGAGAAACAAGAUUCCUUCAGCGGUGGCUGACAUCUUAAGGAAAACACAACACACACGUGGUGACCUGAAGUGCUGCAUGGAGGGGAGCGUGUCCUGGAGGCGCUGAUGGCCGUGCUGGAUGGGCUGUGCAGCCUGGUGGAGUGCUUGGCAGUGCUGCCUGUGGCAGGGGGUUGGAACAAAGUGAUCAUUAAGUCCCUCCCAACCUAAACCAUUUUAUGGUCCGAGGGACACCGUCAGUAACAAGUGUGAGAGCAGGAACCCAAACUGCUGAGAUGCUUCCUCAGCGUAUGUGAGGCACUGUUGUGGAUCCAGGAUUGAGAAGGGGCUGGUCUGGGGGCUGAGACCUGCCCUGCAGUGCAGUGCUGCACUGUUCUGAGUGUCUGUGCGUGUCCGUAUUGCAGCUCAGAUGGUUUAUGAUGCAGACCAUGUAACUUGCUGGGGUGGGUGGUCCUGCGCUGCCUUUAUCCUGAAAUGAAUCCUGCAUUUAAAAUAGGAGCAAAGUAGUUGAAAUGCCCCUGGGAGCAAACUGGCAUGUGGGAUGGUUUCUGUCUAGCAGAAAAAGAAAGAGGAAGGCUGCCGAGUUGCAAACCAAAUCAUUUUGUUGCAGUCCCUCUAUAUAAAUCCUCCAGAGUCGUGCUGGCUGGGUUCUCUUUGGUGAUGGCAACUGUCAUUCUGUUUCCCUCUGUUGCUCCGUGCCUCUGGUUGUCAGGAGGCCGUGCUGCUGGGCUCAGAGCAGUGUGCCCUUGCACACGUGCCCAUUGCUGCAGGGCUGGCGGUGCCGGCCUGCUUCUCACCCAGCUGCAGAGCACUGUUUGCAGGUCACAGCUAUGCAAACGUAUGCUAAUGUUGUAGUUGGCUUUGGCACUGUGAGCUUAUAUAACCAUGCCUUUCCUUCUUCGGCAUUUAUUUUGUUACUAUGGAACUAACUGUUCAGUAAUUAAAAACGAGCGACUUCUUUCUAAGAGACAAGGCUUCAAAAUAAAUUUGUUGGAGCAGGUUAUUGCCGAUUCUGCCUUUAACCCUUUUCUCUUUAAGCAGGAAGAAAAUGAGCCUGAAAUCUGAGCGCAGAGGAAUUCACGUUGAUCAGUCAGAGCUCCUGUGCAAGAAGGGAUGUGGUUACUAUGGCAAUCCUGCUUGGCAGGGCUUCUGCUCCAAGUGCUGGAGAGAGGAAUACCAUAAGGCCAGGCAGAAACAGAUUCAAGAGGACUGGGAGCUGGCAGAGCGGCUGCAGCGUGAGGAGGAAGAAGCAUACGCCAGCAGCCAGAGUACCCAAGGGGCACAGUCACUGACCUUUUCAAAGUUUGAAGAGAAGAAAACCAAUGAGAAAACACGGAAGGUCACUACUGUGAAGAAGUUCUUCACUGCUUCCUCCAGAACAGGAGCUAAGAAGGUGGAUCAAGAGAAAGUCGUUAAGCAAGGACAGCUUGGGAGGGAGCGAAAUGCUGAUAACAUUCUCAGGGAUUUGAAGGAGAUUUUUACUCCCUCCUGGGAACUGGCUUCCCCUACUGAAGCAGAGAUCCAAGAAGCCAAGGCUCCCAGCCCUUCUAUAAACAGGCAGGCUAGCAUCGAGACAGACCGAGUAUCCAAGGAAUUCGUAGAAUUUCUCAAGACGUACCAUAAACAAGGACAAGAUAUCUAUAAGCAAUGUAAAUUAUUUUUAGACACAAUGAAUCAUAAAAAGGACUUAAGUAUUGAGGAACAAUCUGAAUGUGCCCAGGACUUCUAUCAGAAUGUGGCAGAGAAAUUACAGACACGCUGGAAAGUGCCCCCUGAGAAAGUUGAGAAAGCAAUGGAUCAGAUUGAAAAAUACAUUAUGACUCGACAGUAUAAAUACGUCUUUUGUCCUGAAACAACUGAUGAUGAGAAGAAGGAUCUUGCUGUCCAGAAGAGGAUCAGGGCUUUGCACUGGGUAACUCCACAAAUGCUGUGUGUUCCUGUCAAUGAAGAGAUUCCAGAAGUCUCUGAUAUGGUUGUAAAAGCAAUUACAGAUAUUAUUGAGAUGGAUUCAAAGCGUGUCCCUCGUGAUAAGUUGGCAUGCAUCACCAAGUGCAGCAAGCACAUCUUUAAUGCUAUAAAGAUAACCAAAAAUGAACCAGCUUCUGCUGAUGACUUUCUUCCAACACUUAUAUACAUCGUUUUGAAGGGAAACCCACCUCGUCUGCAGUCCAACAUCCAGUAUAUAACACGCUUUUGCAAUCCAAGCAGGUUAAUGACAGGAGAAGAUGGCUACUAUUUUACCAACUUGUGCUGCGCUGUGGCCUUCAUUGAAAAACUGGAUGCUCAGUCUUUAAAUUUAAGCCAAGAGGAUUUUGAUCGUUUUAUGACUGGUCAGACAUCCCCGAAGAAGCAAGAAUCUGACAGCUGGUCACCUGAUGUGUGCCUGGGUGUUAAGCAGAUGUAUAAAAACUUAGAUCUCCUGUCUCAGUUGAAUGAGAGACAGGAUAGAAUUGUCAGUGAAGCCAAGAAGCUUGAGAAAGACCUAAUAGAUUGGACUGAUGGAGUUGCAAAGGAAGUCCAAGAUAUUGUUGAGAAAUAUCCAUUAGAAAUAAAACCAAAAAAUCAAGCCUUAGCAGCUAUUGACUCUGAAAAUGUGGAGAAUGACAAGCUGCCCCCACCACUGCAGCCUCAGGUUUAUGCAGGAUAAUUAUCGGUGUUAAAUUUGAAGAGCAUCAUUAUUCUCACCUAGUAAUAUAUCUGCUUCUUGGAAAGGGAAGUAAAUUCGAGGCUAAAAAUCAGAUGAGCUUAAAUCAGUACAUUUUUAAAGGUGCAUUUUUUGGUUAAGUGUAAUAAACUGUAUUUAUUUUAGUCAAUUAGAUUUCUAUUAGGCUUUUGUGAGUUUUUGAACUGAAUUUAAAUUUUCUACACAAACCAGUGUAAUUUUUAAGCAACACUACUAGUUCAUUGACAUCUUUCCUGAAAGCUUCCUUGUAGGCAUGCACUUAAACGUUUUUAAUAAUUAGUUUAACGUAAAGAUUUCAAGUUCCAGCUGAAACUUGAACGAUACUAAUGUUAGUUUGGUUUAUUCUGUAGCUGUAAAGAUGAAAUGUAUCUUGUAAAAUAUGUACAAUUGUAAAUAGAUUUCAAAUCUAAUGUCUCAGCUGUGCAUGACAUCUUGUGUAUUAGUGGAAAUAAUAUGGACGUGUUCAUAUUAGCACCUUUUGGUUAAAUCACAUUGCAGUCUACAGCCAAGUACACUGUUAGUCUUUCAGUAAGCCUGGUGGUGUAACUGAUAAAUUAGAGAGGGUAUUCUUGUACUGACUGAAGACGUUAUCUUCAUGUCAGUCUCCUGUUUUUUUUUUUUGGUGGUUUUGCUUUUCUUUUUUUAAAGUGCCAUCUAAAAUGUGACAUUUCUUCAUGUAAUGUGAACAUUCUCUCUGGUGUGUCAGUACACCUGACGCCUUUGCUGGUAGCACUUGUGAGGAGAAUGUUGAGCUGGGCUUCAUGAAUAGGAGGGAAGACUUUUACUAAAAACUGCAUCAUUUGGAACAAAAAUGGGGAGAGAAAGAGAUAAUGCAAGAAUUGUGCCACAAGUGGCUUUCUUUUCUGGCAUUGCCUGGCAAUUUCCAUCACUGCACUGGGUCUUGAUUGCUUUUUUGACAAUCCUGGUUGAUAAAUAAGAUCGUAUAAUUAGAGGCUGCUUUUUAGCAGAAGUAUGAGCCACAGCUCUGAGCAGAAAAGUGCACUUUAUUUUCACAAAAGAUCGCUCUUCCGAUCUCUAGUGACCCUAAAAUUACCUUGCUCAACUAUUGAGCAUUGAGAUAAAUACGGCAUUGUGUCACUACAACUUUAGAUCAGUGAAUUUCAAAUUAGGAACAGUUCACAAAAAAAGUAACCUCUUGCAAUGGAACUUUUUAAUGCCAGUGAAAUAUUUUUAUUAUAUCAUUUUAAAUCUCUCGGAUCUUCCAGUCUGCCACGACUUGUUAGCGUACCUGAGAUAUCUAACAUAGAGCUACUUAGCUUGAACUACUCUUAAGCAACGUUAAAUUCUUACCAAGAAGGAGGAAUGUGCCUACCUCUUCAUGUUCCACUGCUCUGCAAACAGGUAUUUUAGAUUUGCACUACAGUAACUUCAGACCAAAACUGUGGUUUGUUCCUUUUUGUCAGAUGUACUCAGCUGUACGAACUAUGCAUUCCUGCUGAUGCAGAGAGAACCAGUUACUCAGAAUUCCCCUGGUAAGGCGAAGCAGUGAGCUAACCAGACAUUCACAGAAGUUGGAUUAUUUCAUAUAUCCAUGUUCCACUUGUCCGCGUUGCUUAGGAUCUGACCAGUGCUUGCAGUAAAUAAUAACACAAAGUCUUUAUUGUGUUGAUGAACAUUAGGUGCUAAUUCUGAUAUCCAGGUAUGCAGGCUUUCUGGGGGUGGAAAUUAGCUGUUGUGUAAAUUGCCAUGUUUAAAUAAAAGCGCGUACGUUAUGCCCUUGUUAAUGAGCUCCUAAAAAAAUUUCGUCACUGGGUUUUGUUAUGGUGUUAAUGAUUAAUGUGAAUAUAAUCGUGACUGUUUCUUAUUUAUCUGUGUUUGGGGGGAGAGAAUUCCUAGUCAUUCAAGUGCAAGUCUGGGUAACAAUGUCUUUUUCUUUGCAGAAAGUUAAGUGGUUAAAUGCUUUAGAAUGACUUACCUGGUGCAUUUGUAACUAAAGUAUCUCUAAUCCAUAUGCCAUCUUGUUGCCAGGCCACUGAAGUGGGAGUGGUUUUGGCAAACAAAUCCUCCAGAUCCCUGUAAGGCAGGUAAUGCGGAUUUCCAUAUCCUAGCUGAAUACCUUGUCAGUAUUUUAUUAGGUGGCCGGUUUGUCUGUAGGUAAAAAACAAUAAAUAGUUUUGUCUUGCUUAAAAAUAAGGUAGUUCAGUCACUAAAGUAAUAACUACAGAAUAUCUUUCCAGUGUUUAAGAUUCAGAAUGGGCAGGCCAUCAUGCAGUGUGCUGAGCUGGAAGAUAUCAUGUCGCCUCACCAUGAGGUGAUGAUCCCUCUCGUAUGCAACACCAGGUGGGGUUGGUGCUCGAUACUGAGCAUCGCUGUAGCACGAGGUGCUCUGGUCCCACAGAUGGGAUUGAGAUGGAAAGUUCUGUUAUGAAAUAGUAGCUGUGAACAAGAUACAGGCGAACAGGAGAGUUUAAUUGAAAAGUGAGUUGGCAAAAGGGCUUUGGUAACAGUCACAGCACCAGAAUUUCCUUGGUUUUUUUUUUUUUUUUUUCACAGCCCACUGCUAGUUCUGUGUUACUGAAAAUGAAGACUGUGCGUCUCAUUACCAGGAAUCAGAAUUUGUUGUAAGAUACUUUGCAUGUGAGCUACCUAUUUAGUUUGCUGUAGUAAAGAGCCUAUUUUGGAGUACGCAUUGGUUAAUUGAACUGUACAUCUUUGGUUUUGCAUAACUGAGUUAUGAAAUUAAACUGAUUCUCCUACCUAGUUAUCA